CCAGCAAAUUGUGGAGUAUUCUAUAAUAAUAGAAUAUAUGUUGGAACUAAUAAAGGAAUUAAAGUUAUUCAAGGAAAUCAAAUUAUUCAAAGUAUUGGUCAUAAUAAUGGAGUUGCAACAAUUGCAAUAAAUGGAGAUAAGAGUAUACUUAGUGUAGGAUUAAAAAAUGAAGGAUGUAUUAAAUUUUAUUCAAUUAAUGGAAAUGGAGAAAUAACAGAAAAAGGAGAAAUUAAAGAAGAUAUUCAAGGAACAGUUUAUAGUAUGGACUAUUCAAGUGAUGGUAAAUAUUUCAUUCAUUCAGAUGAUACAAGAAAAAUUAUACUUCGAGAUGCUAAAACUAAUGAAGUUAUUUAUUCUAGAUGGGUUCCUCAUAAUUCAAAAGUCUUAAAAAUUAAAUUUAAUAAAGAUAAUACAAUGAUUGCUACAGCAGGAGCAGAUUCAUAUUCAUAUGUCUUGAAUGUUGAAACAAAAGCAAUCACAACAUUAGGAAGACUUCAUCCACUUGGUGUCAAUGAUGUAUUCAUUGAUGAAGAUGGAAAGAUCUUUACUUGUGGAGCUGAUUGUACAAUCAAAGUCUCUUCUCUCUAA